CGCUUCAGUCUUUGUCUUAUGUCAGCUUCCUCUGUAGUGGGUUUAAAUCCUUUUAUGAGCACGGCUGGAGGCAGAGCUCCUUUUCACAGGGCAGAUUUUUGUGAUCUACAAUAUCAGAGGAUUCUAGUUUGAUGAUGGAAGGUGAAAGAAUUAGUGUGAAUGUGGAGGACCUUGACUUGCUUGAUUUGUACGAGAACUUUUAUAAUUACUCAUGGAACGACUCUGAUGUUGGUUGUUGUGAAGGGGGUGAUGUUUGCGACCUGCAUGACGGUGUGAAUUUUGAAGCAGUGUUCAUACCAGUUCUGUACUCUGUGGUGCUUGUUGUUGGUCUACUGGGGAAUGGACUACUGCUGGGAAUACUGGCUCGGAGUAGGAAAACCUGGAGUGUGACAGAUACCUUCAUCCUCCACCUGGGAGUGGCAGAUGUCCUGAUGCUGGUGACGCUGCCCAUCUGGGCUGCACAGUAUGGCCAAAGUGAUGGAUGGACAUUUGGUACUCCCCUGUGCAAGAUCACUGGAAGUGUUUUUACAAUCAACUUCUACUGUGGGAUCUUUCUCCUGGCCUGCAUCAGUCUGGAUCGCUACCUGUCCAUCGUCCACGCCACCCAGAUGUACUCCAGAAAGAAGCCUUGGGUUGUUCAUGCCAGCUGCUUGAUGGUUUGGUUCUUUUCCCUGCUCCUCUCUGUCACUGACUGGAUCUUUCUAGAAGAUGUGUUUGAUGACAGACGAGGCAGAAGAGAGUGUAUUCACAACUAUCGCAAAUUUAAUGAAACGGAAUUAGAUUCUUGGAAGUUGGCAUCUCGCCUGAUUUAUCACAUAAUGGGCUUUCUGCUUCCUUCACUUAUCAUGAUUGUCUGCUACUCCUGCAUCCUGCAUCAGCUGAGGUGUGGUACUCAAAGCCUUAAAAAGCAGAAAGCUUUCAAGGUCAUCGUGGCUGUGGUUGUGGUUUUCUUUCUCUGCUGGACGCCGUACAACAUCAUGAUCUGGGUGGAAAUGUUUCAUUUUGACAACAGCAAUGAAACUUGUUCAGGCACAACAUCUCUGGAGAAAGCUAAGACAGUGACCACCACUGUGGGUUUCAUUCACUGCUGUCUCAAUCCUAUCCUGUAUGCUUUUGUGGGUGUGAAGUUCCGGCGUCAGCUCAUGGGCAUCCUCAGAUCUCUGGGCUGCAAGAUGGCAAGUGCCAAACUCCAAUCUGCUGUCAGGAGCAGAAAAAGCUCCAUUUGGUCUGAGUCUGCCGACACGUCCAACUCUAUCGCUAUCUGAGAAAGACAAAAACAGCAAAUCUGAACAAGCUUGCUUACAGAUCCAAACUGACAUGCAGACAAAGAUAUAAACAUGAGAACAUGCAAUGCCCUUUUGUAUUAUAUUGUUGUGUUGUUUUCUGUAGUUCUUAGUGCAUCAGUAGUUAAAGGACUGAAAUAAUUUUAUCUAUCUUGAACUUGCACCUGCAUUUGCUGGAAGCUUAUAGUAUUUCCUUUUUCUGAUUGCUGGGGAGUAUUGUACUAUAAAUAAAUAAUUUAUACUACAGUACUAAAAAAUAAUUCUCAUGUUUUCAAGACAACAUGAGAAAUAUUAGUGUAAAGAACUACUGUUUCACCUUAAAAGGUUUUAAACAGCAUGUAU